UUUGAAACUACACAUAGGUAGUAAUUUGUGUCAAGUCGGGUGCGCGGGCGCCGGGAAAAAUAUAAAACUCGGGAAUAUUUUUUUACAAUUUUUCCAAUGUGAUUCAUAAGAAUUUUUAAAUUAUUAUUUAAAUAAGAAUUAAAAUUUUAAUCAUGGGUGUCUCACCAACCACCGUCAAUGUUUUCGUAGGAUGUUGCGCUAGCGCUUUUCUUAUGGAAAUUCUUAUGGCAAAUUGGCCAAACAGUGCGAAUUUAGUAACUUAUUUACAGUUUUUCUUUAUAUCCCUGCAUGGAUUUAUAGUAACAACAAAAUGGGGAACGGUAGGUCCAAAGAUACCAUUAAAGCAGUAUGUUUUGCUAGUCACUCUUUUCUUCAUUACUACUGUGGCUAAUAAUUAUGUGUAUGCUCUGCAUGUGCCUUCUACGCUGCACAUGAUUAUACGGUCAGCAUCAUCACCUGCCAGCAUGCUAGUCUAUUGCUGUGUAAAGAAACAACUACCAAAGCUCAACAAUGCCAUUGGUUCCAUACUAAUCAGUGCUGGAGUGGCACUGGCCAUGUAUGGUGGAGCUCCCACAGAUGAGGAGAACAAAGGAACCUUCCUAUAUUGGUGCAUAGGAGUCACCAUACUGUUAGUGACUUUGAUAACUGGUGCAUUUACUGGUUUACAACAAGAAAGACUGUAUUCUAAAUAUGGAAAACAUCCUAAUGAGAUGCUGUUUUACACUCAUGCAAUACCAUUACCUUUGUUUUUUACACUCUCAUCUCCACUGCUAACUACUGCAUCAAUCCUGCCAUUUGGAGCAUGGGUAUUAAUUGCCCUCAAUAUACUUUCUCAAUUCUAUUGUACGCAUUCAGUACAUGAACUUGCUACCAAAGAAACUUCAGUUACAGUUACAUUCAUUCUAACGCUAAGAAAGUUCGCUUCUCUACUGAUCUCUACAAUUGUGUUCAAAAAUAACUUGAAUAUUUAUCACGUUAUAGGAACUGUGUUAGUUGCUAUAGGCACUUGCGUAUAUUUCGACUUUUUCUCUGCUAGGAGGCAAAGACCGGUAAGUAUUAAGACUAAAUAAGUUUUAAUACCUAUAUAGUAUUUGAACUGACUUCUUGACAUUCCUGCCGAAUUUAUUAUUAUUAGAGCGGUGACAAUGGGUCAUUGUUGUUGUGACUUUCUAGAUCUUUAAGUUUUAAGAGUUUAUUUUAUACAAUUUUAUAUAAAAGUGUUGUGUAGGUCCAAAAUGUAAUUAUUUGUAAUGAUCGAAAGUAUUUGUUAUAUAGAUAUCUACUUAUCAUGCAAUAUCGUUUGAUUUUGAAAAUAUUUUAAUUAUUAUGUAAUGUAGGAUAAGAAAAUAAAAUUUCGAUUUUAAUUCCACAUUUAUUUAGUC